UCUGCUUAUAUCGGCUUAUAUAAUUUAACACAAGUCUACGCACAUGUGUAAGCAUUACGUUUAAGUUUAAUAUUAGGGGUGACCGUUAUUCUAACAUUUUUGCCGGAUGUUUUGUUGUUGUGUGUCGGUGUUUCACUGGCAAUGUAGCCACCAGCCACCAGUAGUGGGUCUUCCAACAGGAAAAAGCGCCAACUGCUGUUUCUACACCGUCCAAAUCGUCAAACAAGUAAAUGGCUCAAAAACUGGAUAUUUCGUGAAAUAUAUGAAACUUCAAAGUGGAUUAACUCAUUCAGGUACCGGAAAAAGGAUGCCAGGUCUGCAGGGGGAACAUGUUGUGGCGGCGCUAGGGAGCCCCAUCAAGAGGAGUAAACUGUCUCUGAAGUUUCUCCAGAAGAAAGAAACUAAACGGGCUCUGGAUUUCUCUGAACCUCAAGCAGAUGAACCCAAAACAGUUGAACAAGAGGAGCCUGAGGCAAGCAGCUGCGGUCAGAUGGUCCCUGGUCCUUCUCCAUGUCCAGCCUCACCUGGCCUUCUGCUGCCAUCUGAAAAGAGAGAGACCGUGGUGCCAUUUGUGGGGCUCAACAACUUGGGCAACACCUGCUAUUUGAACAGCAUCCUACAGGUGCUGUACUACUGCCCAGGGCUCCGAGAAGGCGUGAAGAAACUCUACAACCUGUCUAAAAGAAAAGACAAACCAAAGGAAGAAACUGAUCAAAGUGAAGAGCAGUCAGAAGUUGUGGCUGAAGAUGUGUCUGCUCAAAUUGAGCUCCUGGGGAGCUUCAGCGGUCUGAUAGCAUCAGUGGAGCAGCUGCAGUCCAGCUUUCUGUUAAACCCCGACAGCUUCAGUGAUGGAGAACUCGCCACUCCGCCUCGAAAAAUACUCCACACACUCAGGCAGCUGAACCCCAUGUAUGAGGGCUAUCUUCAGCAUGACGCCCAGGAGGUGCUGCAGUGCAUCCUGGGAAAUAUCCAGGAGGCUUGUGUCACCAUCAGAAAGGAGUUGGAUCGGGAGGAUGCCGACGAGACUGAGGUUAAACUUGAGGCUGGUGUCCAUUUGGGUUCAAGCAGCCCUGCGACAGAAUCCAAAACUCCCACAGAAGAGGACGGCCAAGUCAGUGGCAAGAGAAAGAGUGACACUGAAGUGGGAAAUGCUAAAAAGAAGCCAAAAUCUGUCAAGUCUAAGAAAUCUGAUGAGGAGUAUAAUAGACCCCUCACUCGCUCCAAAAGGAAGUCCUCCAGUGGCAUCACAAUGGACGGCACCCGAGACAAAGAUAAAGAGGAGGCGGAGAAUGAAGGGAUGAAGAAACUGAAUAGGGAGGAGGACAAAGGGAGUGACAGUGAAGGGAAAGGUGAACAGGCAUCUAAAGAGUCCGAUGGGAAAAGAAAGAAGCGAUCUAAGCUGAGCUGGCUGAGGCCUUCUGGGAAACAGCCGAGUAUUUUCUCCAAGUUCCUCAGCGUGGGGAAGAUCAGCUCCGCGAGUGUGAAGAACCAAAACAAACCAGAGCAGGAGAAUGGACUGACCGGCGACCAAAGCCCGAAUGAGAAGACCAGUGAGGAGAGUUCACCACAAAACAUGGCUGAAGACAAGAAGGCAGUAAAACUUCACGAGGGCCUGGACCUGAUGGACCACUUGUUCCAGGGCCGGCUGGUUCUUAGGACUCGCUGUCUGGAGUGCGAGAGCUUCACAGAGAGGAGAGAGGACUUCCAGGACAUCAGUGUCCCAGUGCUCGAUGACGAACCCAGCAGCCCAGACGACCUUUCUGAGAUCUCUCCUGAUCCCAAACCAGAGGUGAAGACGCUGAAAUGGGCCAUCGCCCAGUUUGCUUCAGUGGAGCGCAUUGUUGGGGAGGACAAAUACUUCUGCGAGACGUGUCAUCAUUACACAGAGGCUGAGAGAAGUCUGCUGUUUGACAAAACUCCUGAAGUGAUCACCAUUCACCUGAAGCGCUUCUCUGCCAACAGUUUAGACUUGGACCCAUACGCAGGUCUGUCUAAAGUGAACACUCCCUUGCAAACCCCGUUGACCUUGUCUCUGGAGGAGUGGUGCACCCGGCCCGCGUCCACCAACGGUCAACGCUAUCAGCUGUUUGCCGUGGUCAUGCAUAGUGGUAUCACCAUCAGCAGCGGCCACUAUACUGCCUUCGUCCACAUGUCCGAUCUGAAAGAUGCGAAGCUCUUGCUGCAGGACAGGAAAGAAACCGAGGAGGAAGAGGAGAAGGAACGUAAAGAGGAAACACGGGUGAAAGACAAAGCACUGGACUAUGAUGAUGGAGAGGUGUCGUUCAGCCUGAAUGCGAGGGGUCAGAGGGGUGCGAGUUUGGUGAGCAGCAAAACACGAGGAAAGAAGCUGUCGGAGGGCGGGGUUGGACUCCUGGGAGGCCAGAGGAGUCUGUCUAGUUGUGAGCUUGGGAGCAGCAAACACACGGAAAAAGCAGCCAGCAGUGGAUCAACCGAGGGAUCCAAACGGAGGAAACCCGUCAACAGCACGGGCCAAAAAACUGAAGCAGGACUAAACAAGGAGGCUAGAGUAGGAGAGGAGGAAUUAACAACUUCCUGUGGCAGCGUGGAGGCCACAGAGCAGCAGGCUUUGAACAACCUCCUUGAAUAUGAGGGCAAAUGGCUGCUGUUUGAUGACUCUGAGGUGCGUUUGUUUGAGGAGGAGGAUUUCCUGCAAGCCUGCUCUCCUGAGACGUCCUCGUCAUCGACACCGUACCUGCUGUUCUACAGAAGGAUGCCUGAACACGGACGCUAACAUGAACACUGUGCACACUGUUGACUUUGUAGAGAGGGGGGUGUUGUGCCAGACAUGCUCUUUGGUAGCUGGGCACCCAGACAAAGUAUUUUGCAAUACUAGAAACACUGCCAAGAAUACUGUGGCAGUCAUAUUAGCAACUGGACUGAAGAGCAAACAGUCUGGUCUCCGUGUGGGACCAAUGGCUGUUGAGAUCCUUUUGUGGACUCUCACCUCAGUCUCUGUCAAUUUAGGUUCAAAGUCAUAUUUUAGAAAUACUUUGACAAAUAGGGAUUUAACUUUCUACGUGCUGAGUUACUUCACCUUUUUGAGUUUUUUUUUUUUUUUUUUGGGUGACUCUUGCCUUUGUAAACUUAAGUACAGUGACCUGUUCUAUUAUUUCUGGCUUUGAUAGUUUUUCUGUCAUCUACACACACGUCACGUUUUACGUUUGCUUUUUACAAAUUGGAAAAGCACUUUUGAACUAAAAUGUAAUUAAGUGAAAAUUCUAAAUGUUGGAGAAUGUCUAUCUUUUUCUAGCUGAAUAAGUUUCUAAAAUUCAUAUGCAAUUACAAGAGACAGUCGGUGUUGUGUAUGUUUAGGAAUAGAUUACUCAACAAAAAGCCAAAUAUUUCCCAUACCAACUCCUCAAAAGUUUCUGUUUUGCACUGAUUCCUUAUACUUUUUCUAUUCUGGCAAAAAAAACCUAGCGUUGGACUGACUUGUGACUUUUACAAUGGCAAUUUUUGUUUACAUAAAACACACCGAGAUGUUAAUAUAUAUGCCAAGCUAUACAUAUUUUGUCGGUACCAUAAUUUAUACUCAAAUAGCAGGGUGAUAAGUUUCUCGCUCAGUCCAGACAUCAGAAGCUUUUUAAGGUGCCAACUCAGAGUCGAUACAUGAAACUGUAAAAUGUAUAUUUCUUCAAUUAGCUGUAAAAGUUUUUAUAAUAUACGUUCAGCAAGAUUAUAAAAAACUGCCUCGUUCAUCUUUCAUAUCUAAUUUAGUGUGUAACUAUCAAUUUGCUCAUUUGAAUGUGCAAACAAGGAUCUGAAAUCUGGAUCUGUUAUGUAAAGGGUUAGUUUCUUAAUUUAGAGAAGGUCAAAUCCCCGCUCAGUGAGAGUCUGACUUCCACAGCAUAUGACCUACCUUCAGUUGUUUUUCUACUUUUUAAGAAAAGGAUCUUAGUUUGUUUUAGACAAAACAAGCACAAAACAUUUGAGCAGUAAUCUGACAAGAAUGCAUUGCAAAGGGACAUAUUUAUGAGACUAAAACAAGUUUGAAAGGAGGCAAAUCUAUUUAUGACACAUCUGAACGUCUGCACUCAGACAUCUACAAAUGUCACGCAUUGUUUCAGGCACGGACUGCUGAAAUCCAUUUGAUUCCAACAACUGGAUUUCAGCAUUUCUUUUUUAGACACUUUAGCCAGCUCUCUCAUGUUCAGGUGCUCACAGACAAGCAAGGGAAUUAUGGAAGAUUUAAAGUUAAACUCUCAGAACUUGUGAAUCUGUCCCUGUAAACGCUCAUAAGACGUUCCUAUUGAUAAAGGAUUGAAUUUGUUUUGUGCUUAUUCAGUGUCUCUUGUCAUGUCUUUGUGUGGAAAAAUAGUCAUUAAAUAUUCAGUAAAGGUGACAUUCAUUUCAGGUUCUACAGCAGAGGGUUUAUAAAUCCAAUCAUGGUUUCAGGGAAUAUUAUUUAGCUUAGUGAGUAAUCCCCUUUAUGGGCCAUAUUCGGUUAAUUCAGCAUGAAUCAUACAUACAUGGGAUAGGUUUCCAGAGCAAGUUAUGGAAUUUAACAAAGUGCUUACAGAUCUGGUUAAAUAUGACAACAGCCUCAACAACAGCUGUCUGCUGUAAACUCCUAAACCUAAUUCUGUUAUUAAAUGUUGUCAGGUUCAUUCUAUAAGCAAUAAAGUUUUUACCUUCACAUGUC